GUUCUUUUAAGCUUCUCCUGCGCUUCUCCAUGUGCUGUGAUCUAUAACCUGCCUCUACUGUCUGGCCUCACAGGGUCCUCCGGGGUCACAGCCCUCGCCGCACGCACAGCCUCCACCUCACAAUCCCAGCAGCAUGAUGGGACCCCACAGUCAGCCUUUUAUGUCACCGCGAUACGCAGGCGGCCCCCGGCCCCCGAUCAGAAUGGGAAACCAGCCUCCCGGAGGAGUUCCUGGGACACAGCCACUGCUGCCCAAUUCCAUGGAUCCCACGCGACAACAAGGGCACCCCAACAUGGGAGGAUCAAUGCAGAGAAUGAACCCUCCCCGAGGCAUGGGGCCCAUGGGGCCCGGCCCACAGACUGACGCUUGGUUAUCGUUGCAGAAUUACGGCAGCGGCAUGAGACCACCACCCAACUCCCUUGGCCCCGCCAUGCCCGGGAUUAACAUGGGCCCGGGAGCUGGCAGACCCUGGCCCAAUCCUAACAGUGCUAACUCAAUCCCAUAUUCCUCCUCAUCACCCGGCACCUACGUGGGACCCCCUGGUGGUGGCGGCCCCCCAGGAACACCCAUCAUGCCUAGUCCUGCAGGUAAGAAGGCUGGGGGAGGGGUGCCGCUGAGGGAGUAGGGAGUACGGAGUCCU